AUGGCAGUCCCGGCGAAGCAAUAUGCCGUCAUUCGAACUGUGCAGGGCGCUCCUGUGCCUCCAGUGAAUUUGCAACACCUUCGUCUUGCACCUCAGGAAAAUGGGAUUGACGGCCAGUCUCCCAUUCCUGCAACCCCAGGGCGAACUGUUGUCGGUCCAGCUAUGACUAUGGUUCCAGAUGCAGCAUCGCAUACUGUGCCUGCCACACCCGGCAGAAGUGGCAGUAGCGGCGCCAUCGCUGGCUUCCAGGCUCCACAACGGAAGCCAAUUCAUGGAUUCUCUGGUGGUAUGCUUCCUGCCGGAACUCCGCAGGAGAUGCAGGGCGCGCCUAUGCGAUCAGCGCGAGAUCGAAUGCCAUCUCCUGAGGCAGGCUCACUUCGACUUCUUGCAGGCGGUGGCCAGAUGCCUACGACUGCGCUUCUCAGUCAAGCCACCAUGGCAAUCACAGCGUCCACUCCAAUUUUAGGAAGAGGAUCUCUAGGCCGUGGCAAGCCAGCAGCGCCUGGCACGUUGCAAGCCCCACCUCUCUCAGCGCGAGCAGCACCAUGCAAUGUUGACGUGGGAGCUUGUGUGGCGGGUUCUGCGUUGGCGCAACUGCACGGCCGAGUUCAGCAAUCUCAGCAGGAGAGAGAGCAAGAGCUUCGAAAGCAGUUGGCAGAGCAGAAGGAGAUGGAAGAGUUGCUGGCUCGAGCUAGAGAGGAGUAUCAGCAGCUGGCCACCAUGGUUGCUGAGAUGCGGCAGCAUGACAUGGAGAAACGGCCCGAGGCGUUUGCUGGGCCCGAGCGAGCGAGACUGCAUCCAAAGCCGCCAUUUUGUUGGCAACCCUCGCAGGAAUACGAAAAGGAGUUCCACGUCUCUGGUGAGUAUAACGAAGUUGUCACAAAGCUGGGCGACUUUGAGGAUCAAGGUUGGGUCAUACCCGUUGGUGGCUCCUGGCGACUUCUGCGUGGCGGCAUUUAUCGAUGGACACUUCGUAUAGAGCGUAAGUGCUCCAACCGACCACAGCUGCAGCUGGGUAUCCAUGGUGCCAACCACAAUCAGCCUUGGCGGUUGGUCACCACCUCGCGAUGCUCCUGGUCGCGAGAUGACGAGCCCUGGCAGGACAGGCCCGGUGGUGACAGGCUGAUUGAGGAGGGCAGCUAUGUUCACGUCGAGGUGGACAUGAGAGGUGUGAAUUCGAAGGCGGGAAGCUUUUCAAUGGCCAUCGACGAUGGGCCUUUUGAACAGUUCUUCGAUGACAUUCCCCUCAGUCAGCCAUACUCCCUGAUCCCCGUGGUGUCCAUGGGCGGAAAUCAGCGCGGCACUGAGGACGUGUUGCUGCCAGCCAAGUUGUGUCAGCAUAAGCGCAUGCCUCCUGUUAAUCGGAGCACGCCUCUGCCCAAGAUGCUGCAUUGCAUUUGCUACACGAGAGGUGAGCCGCAACGAGCGCCUAGUCUCGUGCAGCAGCAGAUUUCCGAGAAGGACCUGGCUGGCCUUCUUGCUCCUGGGCCCCUGCGUGGCUCCUCGGACUCACCGGCAUCAUUUCAGUGGCUUUUCCUGGAUGACUCAGAAGCAGGGGUGCCCGCCGGCACCGAGUUUCGCACUGUCCUGGCUGCUCUGGAUUAUAAGGGCCGCCCUGCAAAGUCUGGCGGCGUCCGCGUGAAUGUUAGCUGCAGUGGCAAUGGUCAAUUGGCCAGCAUUGCGAAUUGGACCGGAUCAAUGAUGAUUCUCAACAUCAAGGACAGCAGGGCUGAGCAAAUUGCAGUUGAAGUUCAGGUAGAAAGCGCUCAAGGCUCAAGCUUGCCUUUGGUUUACAGGUCAACAGUGCGGUUUACUGCUGCAGCAUUCCGAAGUUACAAACUGGCAGUUCAGCCAUAUGCGUUCACAAGCCUUGUGGCAAAGCAGCCCGGCUAUACAGGCAAUACCUCUGCAAAGUUGCCAACGCUCAUCGUGCACCAGGUGGUGCUUAUGACUAUUGAUCAGCUUGGCAAUCCGAUGGAUGCGGACAUAGGUUCAGAUUGCGGCAAUCUAAUCCUUCGCUCUUCUUCCAGGUCACUCGAAAUGCUUUCUUCUGGCGGACGCUUUGCAAUGAGCCGUGGCCAGGCCGUGGUGCUGCUUCGAAGCAGGGCUGGCGGUGCUGUUGAUGUUUGGCUGGACGCGCUUGCAGGUGGCCUGCCACUAGAGCCUGCUUCCUUGCGCCUGGAAUUCGAUCAUGCAACAAGUGAAGCCGCUGAAGCUGGUGGAAACUACACAGGAGUGGAAACCAAAUACGAGGUGUUGGCGUUUGACGUGAAGGAGGCAUUCCUUCAUGCUUGGAAUGGGUACAAGCGUUACGCGUGGGGAGCUGAUGAGAUCAAGCCCAUUUCGCUGGAAGGAAAGGACACAUUUGGCAACAUUGGAAUGACAAUCAUUGACUCGCUCACAACUCUCUGGCUGAUGGGCUUGAAGAAGGAGUUCGACCAAGGUUGUUUGCGCGGUGACCCCUCCGACAUGUCCGGGUUUGCUUAUGCAGAAAAAGAGUUGAAGCUGCAGAGUUCAGGAAGCGACAUACAUUGCGUGACCACCUACAUUUGGUUGCGUCAGGUGGUCUACACCAAGGUGCAGCAUGUGCUGUCGUUGUUGAGGCCUUUUGACCCUCUGCAAGAGUUGCAGAUGGCCACCUUGCUACAUGCAAGGUUCCUUCUGGAGCUGUGCUUUGGCUGCAGCCAACCUGGAACUCCACCAAUUCCUGCCGCUGUGUCACGCAUGGCGGUGCGAAUGUUCUCUGCAAUGCAUGCUGCGGGAGCUCAUACCAUCUGGGGAAUCUUGGAGGAGAUCAAAAGCUGCAAGAUGCGCAACUGGCACCAUCGCGAUACUCCUGAGGGACACCGUUUGCAAGUUUCCUGCGCUGUUCUCCAGAUCUACGGGUUGACAUCACUUCUGGCAAGAUCCUCGAGGACAGUGGAUACGUUCAACUUGUCUGUUGAUGCCGCCUUGGAAGAAAUUUCAUCAGCCGCAAGAGCGUCCACCUGCACAGAGUCGCAACAGGUGUGCUCGUUCCGAGCCAUAAAGCCGAAAGCGCAGAAGGAAGGUCUUGAAACAGCUCCACUCGAGGCGCGGUGGCUAGUGAGCUGGAUGUUACUCCAUUCUGCUGGGACGCUCUUUAGCCCAAAGCCCUGCAAUGGUGGGCAGACUGCCAUCCAGGCCUGGGCUGUGAAGCAGGCGUCGGAACUUGCCCUCAGCCAAUGUGGAGCUGAGAUGACAGCGGUCAUUACGUUGAGAGCAGCUUCACUGCUCAUCAUUUGGCGUGGAAAGCUUGCAGAGAUAUUCGAGGAGGACUUGCUGGUUUCAGUAAAUACAGCACUGUCUGCUGCUAGCGGACAAAGCAUCGUCCAAGGCACAGAAAGCUGCAAGUUGGUGAUGCUCCUCGAGAAGCCAUCGUUAAUCCUGGGCUCAUCCACGGUGCCUUGCUUGCUGCACAUGGGUGCCAAAAAUGUGAUUUGCGUACCUGGUAUGUCUGCAGACAACCAAGAUGCUGGUCUAGAAGGAUUGCUCCAACACCAGAACGAGGACCAGGCAGGUGAGAUUGAUGGCGGCCUAAGCCCGGAUGAACUGCCGGUGGAGUUCUUGCUUCAUGACGGGCGCGACGAAGCCCCGAACAAGUCUCCAACCCUGACGAGCAUGGUUUACUCGUGGAAGCUUCAGGAGCCCAGUACCGCAUCUCGACCAGAAGCCAUGUUCGCAGUGCACCCUGGCAUGCUUGCAGAGGGGGAAGAUAUACUCAUGGCAACCAUGACACUGGCAGCUGCGAAGGUUCGCUGUACCAGCUUGCCAAACUGCAUGGGCUUCUGCUGCGAGGACUUGCUGCCCGGAGAGUGGGGGGACCGAGCUGUAGACGUUCACUUCAAGGUUGGUUGGUCCCUGGUGCCCAUCCCAUCCGGCCGUGCCAUUGCGUACCAAAAGGAGCGUGCUUCACCUGUGUUCACUAGGCACUACGGGUAUAGCUUAGACGGUGACGACCUGUUGGUGGCUGAAAUGACAAUAGAGGCAGCAAAGCGAGCGUGUGUUGGUCUCAAGGACUGUAUGGGCUUCACUUUGGAAGGCAAUCCUAUGGAAGAUGUUGCUCUGGUGUACUUCAAGACUGGAACGCAGCUUUUGCCCGUUGCCACGGAAGUGCAAACCUCCUACGUCUUCCAGGUUGGAUCCAGGAGUCAUGCCUUACCCGCAGAUGGCGAAACCUUCUUCGACCUGGUCAGAGAUGGAACAGACGCGCCGAAGGACUUUCAUAGCAUCGCUGCAGCAUUACUGCCUGCGGAUACAGGAUGUGCUGAACCCCUACGAAUUUUCUCCGGCACUCAAAGCCGAUGGCCAUCGGUGGGAUCGCCUUAA